AAAAACUGACACAGAGGAUGAAAAACGGUCUUGGCAGCUCCAAGUACAAACCAACAGAAAGACUGCAAGCCAUUGUUGAUGCCAAACGCCUGGAGUUGGAUCUGAUUGGACAGAAGGUUCAGGAGAUUCGCUGUGCAGCCAAGGCAACCACGGAGAGCUCCUUAUUACGACAACACAGACAGGUGUGGAGCAGAGAACGCCCCAGGCUGCAAAAGGCUGAAGAGCAAGCUGAGGAUGGAUUCCACCAUUUCCUAGAGCAGGUCAGGCCUAUUGGCAUAACAGACACGGCCAUCUUCUCACUUCAAGAAUAUGAGCUGUCUCUGAAGAAUGAACAGGAAGCAUUCAGAAGAGCCACUGUUGAUCCAGUUUAUCAUCUCAGAGAUGACCUGCGCUUCAGACUGAGCAACAUGCAACUCAGCAGCAAACUUUCAUCAAACUGUGACCAAGUAACACAGCAGAUAAACUUUGUGAAAGAGCAGCAAGAUGACAUACUUGCAAAGCUUCAUGCAGAGUACCUGGAAGUGGAGAAGGAGGUCAUGGCCAUCGGUUUAGAGAAAUAUCUCAUUAGUGCUUCGGAGAACUCAGAAAGCAUUCCCAAAGAGGUUUUGAAUGCAGACUGCCCUUACCCAGAACUGAAGGACUCUCUGAUCCAGGCCUUUCAGUCCCUCUCAGAAAGGUACCAAAGAGGACUUCAGAGUCUGCAGGAGCAACUUCAGAAAACUGACAGGUUCUGUGGCUGGUGUCCAGAAGACCAUGAACAUUUCCAGUUCACAGUGUCCAUGUACACUCACGACACACCCAACCACAGAGCGCUCUGCACGGACAUGCUGCUGAGACGGUUCCCUGAGAGGACGAGACUGGAACUGGCGGAGCACGAACGCUUGUGGAACUUCCAGCGCUUCACCCAGGCACAGAUGAAAGCAGUGACCCAACAGUGGCGCCGAGACCAGCAGGAGCUGCUGGCCAGGGCCCUCGUCAUGCUGCAGGAGGCAGAGCAUGCCCACCAGGAGGAGCUGGAGCACCGCAGAGAGCGUCAGCACCAGCAGGACAUCUGCUUACAUCUGAGAGACAAACUGCAGCAGUGGAGGGCACAGCAGGAGGAGGUGGCGAAGAUGGAGGCAGCUAUAGUAGCUAGACGACAAGAGGAAGAGGAGGAGAAGAUGAAGAGGGAGCAGGAGAAGGAGAUUGCCAUCAGAUCACAUCAGAAAGAAAAAUUGAGGCAGUUUUAUGUAAAGCAGCAGAAGAGGAGGGAGAUGCUGGAGCGGCAGGAUCAGGAGAGACUUGCUGCUCUGAGGAGCAUCAUGGACGAGCAGGCGAGGCGAGACAGGCAGAGGGUGCAGAUUCGAGCCGAUAUGUUGCAGCAGCGACAAAAGGAGAGGGAAGCGCGGGAGCUGGAGCUGCAGAGAGAAGAACAAGAGCGGCAGAAUCGUCUGGAAUCUCUCAGAAAGCAGGUUGAGGUGCUGGCAGAGGCCGACCCAGAAAGGGUGAUGGCAGAUACCGAGGCGUGGAGGAAUCGGCUCGUGAAUGAGAAAGAUUUUGAGCUGCAGAGGCCUCUCUACAGUAUAAACACGUACACAGACACACAGAUUGUGUCUGAUCCAAGGGUGCGAGCUGAGCAGGCCCUGCGGGAAGCAGGUCUGCACCAAAACCAGUACGCCAAGGAGGUUCUGUCUGAAAUCAAGCCCCGCAAACCACCCCGAAGAGACACAAAGUCCGAGCUAAAGUUUUAAUUUGAGUUCUGUUUGGGAUAGACAAUAAAUUCCUACCAACCUUU